GCUUCAUGAACGGCGCCCGCGUCGUCACCAGCUACGACUACGACGCCCCGCUCACAGAGGCGGGCAACCUCACGGACAAGUACUUUGAGACGCGGGCCCUCUACGAUCGUCUGGUGGCCAGUGGGCGUCAUCCGAAGAUAUCGUUACCGGAUAGUCCGCCUGAGGUCGCGGACGCCGUCGGCUAUGGAAACAUCUCCGUGGGGGAGUGGCUGCCACUGGAGCGCCUUCUAAAAGAGUGCCCCAGCGUUUCCGGUCUGCCAAAGCCGGUUCCAAUGGAAAUGCUGCCUCUAGGACCUGGUUACGGGCAGAGUUAUGGUUUUGUCCUCUACCGAGUGGAGGCAAAGGCGGUGAGCAGUUAUCAGAUUACGGGCCCAAUCGCCGACCGAGCCCUCUUCCUAGUUGACGGCAACCAGACGGCGGUCAUUCCCGAUCGUUCGGCCAACUUUUCCAUUACCAUCGAUCCUGAAAGCUUUGGAACCUCUUCUCCGAACUCAAUUCACCAGUACGACGUCCUGGUGGAGAACCAGGGCCGGGCCAACUGGGCCGUCGAUCUGUCGAAGCAGAGAAAAGGAAUUGAUUCGGAGAUCAGGCUUGAUGGCGCCGUCUGGAGCAACGUCACCGCCUACUCGAUGGACUUUAAUCGAACCUUUAUGUGGCGGCUGUCAAGAAGCUUGGUUUACGAUAAUGACUGGAUUCCCUUUCACCGGGGGCUCAACUUUAGCGGCCCGGCGCUGUACCGAGCGGUCCUUACAAUACCAAACCGCCGAGAAAAAUUUUCUUCUUCAUUUGCCGACACUUACCUUUUACUACCCGGCUGGACCAAGGGCGUCGUCUUCCUGAACGGCUUCAACCUUGGUCGAUAUUGGGGGCCGGUUGGGCCCCAACAGACGCUGUACGUGCCCGGGCCCCUGCUGAAGGCUGGCCCGAAUACGGUGGACGUCUUUGAGCUGCACCGGCCCGGCUCGACUCUGGCCUUUAUUGAUGGGCCCAUUUUGGAGAAAG